AUUUCAAGGUACUGCCAAUUUCAACCAGAAUAUAAGGAAAAGUUAUUCGUUUCGCGAAUCACUUUUACUUUGCGACGCUCAGUGAAUGUAAUUGCAGAGACAAUUAACAACUUUGUUUAUAAUCUCAGACAAGACUUCCAACCUAACUUGCGCCCUCUACUUCUAUUUACAGAGGUUCGUGCCACGCUAAGCUCUUUUCCAUUGACUGGACUAUAACUACUAGCUCGUCCAGGUAUAGAAAAUUUUGUGCAAUGUAUAAUCCGUAGCUGCGAUUCUGUCGAUCUAAACCAACUGAUAUAAUUGAAGAAUCUGUUCAAAAAUAGACGUCGAAAUACUGGGGGCAGUUUUAUGUGUUCUGUGGCUACGAGUCAGCGUUACAAGACGUACGAUAAUUAUGGUUUUUGUAUGAUAAUUUCAAGUGCUGUGCCAUGUACGAUAAUAGCUAAAUGUAAGAUAAAUUUUACGUUCCUGGGACAUAUGGCACUGUGCACGAUAACUUGGACGGGUUUGUACGAUUAUAUCUGGCGACGAAUUUGGCAACGCUGCUAGGAGCACAUCAGCCGCAGACGCAAUUUUUUCUUUCGACUGACUUGCCCGACGCGCCAGCAAAUUUUGUUAUGUCAUCUUGUCAUCAAUUUCUGUCAUUUGAUAUCUUGAAAAUUCAAAGAAAAAAUUUUGAGCUCAGCGAUUAAAAAUUCCUAAUAGAGUAACCCAAGUUAAUACAGUUCAAUCCUCGUAGACAGUAUGAGCGAAGAGAAAAAGGACGAAUCAAAAAAAGUAGACGAGGAGCUAUCCAGCCUCUUGGACAGUAACGUUUCCGAAAAUAGUUAUAGACUUUAGCUAAUUAUCAUUCAUUUGUAGGCGCCCUCGCAGAUUUCAGCAAGACUGAUAAGCCAAAAGAUGCAGAUAAACCCGAGGGUGCGGCCAAAGAUGAAACUUCAUCAGAAAUCAGUAGUCUUCCACAAUCACAAGAAUGGUCAGCUGAUUUUGUGAAACAGGCUGCAAAGGAGUUUGAAGACAACUUUGCCAGUUUGCUGGCAGGCGUUGACCCAUCUGCACAAGUAUCACCCGAGUUGAUAGAGCAAAAAUUACGCCAAAUGGCAGAUGCUGCACAACAAGUUCUUGAAAACCCCACAGAAGUAACAAAUACUUCUUCAGAUUUUGCUGCUUCAAUAUCUCAAGCUAUCCAAGGUCUUAGUGCGGGCACUGAAGGACUUCAGGCUCCACUAAAUGAAGAAGAUUUAAUGAAAAUGUUUGGAGGAAAUGGUUCAACCAACGAUUUGCUACCCUUUAUGCAAGGAAUGAUGCAAGGACUACUAUCCAAAGAAGUAUUAGGACCCAGUUUACAGGACUUUGUUGAAAAAUUCCCAGAGUAUUUAGAGAAAAACAAAGCAACUUUAGACCCAGCAGAUGUUGACAGAUACCAGAAGCAAAAGGCACUGAUGGAAGAAGUAUUAACUGAACUUAACAAGGAGUCAGACUCUGACAGUAAUGAUGUCAAGAAGGAAAGAUUUACCAAAGUGCUAGGACUUAUGCAAAAGCUACAAGAUUAUGGACAGCCACCUCCAGAAUUAGUAGGAGAUGUUGAGGCUCCUUUCCAGUUUGAUGCCCAAGGCAAUCCGGUCCCAAAUCCAGCGGUGAAUUCAGAAUGUAAUAUUAUGUAAAUACCUAUUUACUUGUUGAGCAAAUUAUUAUAUUUUGGAAUUAGGCUAUUAUCUGUUUAUGUUUUUUCAAUGUAAAAAGAUUUUUGUGAUUACAUACCUUGUUAGAUGUAUUUGGUUGGAAUUGUUUCUUGUUAUAGCAAUAAAAGAGAAAAAAAUGUUUGUAAUGUACCCUUUAAUAUCGGGUUUUCAAAUAGGGACUUGACAACUUUGAACUUUCACUGUGAACGUACCUUUAAAUCAAUUACCGAACUGUCAAUGUCAAAACAUUCAAUAAAGAAAACAUCAUGGUGAAGUACACGAACGAACAACA